ACGAUGAACUCCUUAUCAUCCAAAUCCAAUUUCAAUUCCUUCGUAUGGCAAAAGUGUAUCCUGGGAGUUCUUCUUCUUCAUCAUCGUCCAACUUAACAUCGAAAAGAGAGGCUUUUACCAUAUGGAUGAAAUCGCUUGUGCUGCAUGGUAGUGGUUGCACCGUCUUUGAUUCAAAAGGAGAGAUUCUUUAUCGUGUUGACAACUACAAUACGAAGGGUAACAAUCAAGUUUAUCUCAUGGAUCGUAGAGGCCAUGUCCUCUUUUUAAUACAUCGGAAGAAAGGGCGAGUGUUUGGAGUUGGGUGUUGGGAGGGCUACAAAUGCGAUGCCGAUGGUACUGAAGAGAUCAGUAUGAAGAAUCCAUGUUUCCAAGUCAGAAAGUUUUGCAGGAUUUUAAAGCCAAACCCUUCCUAUAAAGUUACUCUGGGUCUGGGGUGUGACCAUCAAAAUCCAUCGGCUUUCUACAGUAUUGAUGGAUUGGUUGGAAAAUCAGCCUACAAGAUAGUAGAAGAGUCGGGGAAACUUGUAGCGGAGGUAAAGCAGAAGCAAUCUUCCUCAGGAGUUGUAUUGGGAGAAGAUGUAUUGGCUUUGGUUGUGGAACCCCACGUCGAUCACUCCCUUGUUAUGGGUAUUGUUGUUGUGUAUGGCCUAAUCAAUCACCAAAUCUAACUACUUUAUUCUCCUAAUAUCUACACAUGAAACCCUAAGGCUUCUGGAGAUGGAAGACAUCAUUAUAUAUGAGUAAUAUACAUGCAUGUGCAUAUA